GGCACAAUAGCGCGCGCACCACACAUAUCGAAUUAUCUUGAAGUGCUGCUCGGAGUGCUGUACGCGAGAUCCUGUCAGCCUCCUGUUGAACUGUACAAGCAAUGGCGUACGAACCAUCGGAGUCCGAAAUGUCAAUAUACGACCAGUCGGCGUUCACCGAGACCGCAAUCGAGGACGUUGGUGGAUCGCACAUCGACACCUCCGGUACGGGCGAACAAGACAGAGGGGGUCCUGAUGAUUCCGCAGCAUCUGAGGCGGAAUAUUAUGGUUCUCAUACAGCGAGGACGACGAUCAUAACGACGCCCACAACAAGGGCGCCCACAGAAAAGACGACCACAACGACGACGAUGCCGCCAACAACGACGACCACAACAAUAACGCCCCCAAGAACCACGGCCACCACGACGACAACCACAACCACGACUACAACAACCACGACUACAACAACCACGACUACAACAACAACCACGACUACUACAACAACCACGACUACAACAACCACGACUACAACAACAACUACGACUACAACAACAACGACAACCACAACGACCACGACCCGGGGCCCGAUAAAGAUGACCCUGCUGUGCACAGUUGGCAUAUACGGUGUAGUGAGCCAACAAUAUCCCGAAGAUGGAUUGUGCGACCUCCUCUAUUACAACGACAUAUUCGUAGGAAAUAACGGCAAACGAUUCGGUCCCUCGACGGUGGAGCUCUUUAUCCAACGAUCGGAUUCCUCAAAGAAUACAGAGUUUGGCUUCUCCAUCGACCAUCGGUCUUUGGAUAACGCCAAGCAAACAAUCCAAAGAAGCAAGACGGAGGCCUUCAAUGAGCUCUGCCCGAAGAAGAUCCGUCAUCACGGUAUCCUCAACAUGCCCUACCCAACAAGACAUAACGCCAUCGAGCUUCUCCCCGAACUGCAAAGGUUGUACGAUGCCAAUGGAAAAAAGAUCAACGUCACGACCUACUACAAGGCUAUCGGUAUCAACCCUGAUUCUCCGGACAUCAAUGCUUUCGUGGAAAGCCUCAUACACGCCGGAGCGAACGUGGUCGUUCUACGAACACACAUUUCAUCUUGGGACAACAGAGAAACUAAAGGCAUUGCCGCCGGGACGAUGUGGGAAAACCCACUGAGUAUUGGAAAGCCUGGGAUGUCAUCUGUCGUGGACCAGGUGCUGGCAAUGAACACCGGGACAGCUACAAUGAUUUGA